AUGAAACGGACUAUACAAUUCGACGACAGCCCACCCCCAAAACGUCGUCAGAUCCAUCGUCCAACCUUCACCCACUCAAACGACACCGUUCUCUGCACCGCGUGCAAGGAUGCUUUCAGCAAAGAGGCAGUCAAGGCCGACGACUUCCGUCGAAGACGUCGCAAUCAGCAUCACGAGUCAUCCGAGGAUCUCGCCAAGGCAGUCGAAAAGGGAUGUUAUUUCUGUAAACGCUUUGCGCGUCACUCUGCGGAUCCGAGCAUUUCGACUGUUCUGAAAGAGGAUCUCAUUCUUCAUCCAAGACCCGAUCCCGUGAGAUUAUUCUUUGCGGUUUCUGAACAGCAUACAGGACGCGCGUGGAGAAAGGAUGAUCUGGAUGACUUGGUUUGUUUCAAUCUCCUCCAGCGUAGCCCCGUUGAGUUAUACUGCCCCGAUGAGCAUCCGAACGAAGAAGACAGACAACGCGUUUGGAAAGAUCUGCCAUUGUUUUACAUGGCCGUUGAGGCUUCUUUUAGUGACCCAACUCAAGAAGCGACAACAGAGAGCUUCACCUCAAAAGACGCACAAGAAUGGCGCAACAUCAACAGAUUCGGCGCUAUGUUACUAGGAAUGGGCGUCUUGGGCCUUCACACGCAAGGAAUGGACGCAUUGCGUUCGGCGCUUGAGGAGGAGCCGAGCCCCAUUCCGGCGGUUGCAGAGUGCCGGCUGCGCGUCGCCUGUGAAUGGAUCCGUCAGAGCGCGAGGCCUCUCCUCGGGUGGGCGCGGGAGAACGUUGGCUAUUCCGAGAUGCCAGAGUAUGAGAGGGGCUUGACGGAGGAAGCGAUAGCAUAUCAGGGGGUUCUGUACGAGGGUCCGCCCAUCAUGUGUCUCCAGCGGUGGGGAUUCUGGAUGGAUCGGCUCGAGUGGCUUGCGAAAAGUGAGGAUUCUGGGCUGGUUGAAGAGGCGAGGACGGAGGUGCUUGAGGCGUUUUGGGUUAUGAAGGAGGCUGAAGGGCGGAUAGGACAUACCCUGUGA